GACAGGUGGAACUGCGGUACUGGAGAAGCAUGGCGGGUCCUGUCAGCUCGCAGCUGGUUAAGGUUCUCGUCGCGGCUGUGAUCGCGUUCGCCGCCGCGGUCCUGCUGCACGUCCGGGAUCCAUCAGAUGUGCUGUUCGGUAUCGGGUACGGUUAUCCCGAGCUGUGGAGGAAAACCGGCCUGGCGGGAGCUCCGGGACGCGCAGUGACCUGCAUCCUGGCGGGAGCUCUGCUGCUGGCCGCGGGCUGGAUCUACCGGCUACUGUUCGCCCCGCUGGAGCUGCUCAGGAGUCCGGAUGAUGUGGGUUAUUUAACCGAGGACGGCUGCUCUAAAGCCCGGGCUGCGAACGAGGCUCGGAGGAGACGCAAAACUGGAGAAUUACCCCCGGUUUACCCGAACGGCUGGUACCGCGUCCUGGACUCUCACAUGCUGGACAGGGGGGAUGUCAAAAGCGUGACAGUGCUGGGUGAGCAGGUGGCUGUGUUUCGGGGUCAGGAUGGAAAGGCCCAUGUGGUGGAUGCUUACUGCCCCCAUCUAGGUGCCAAUCUGGCUGUAGGGGGCAGAGUUGUGGGGAACUGCAUAGAGUGUCCCUUUCAUGGAUGGCAGUUCCGUGGGACAGAUGGAAAGUGUGUCAGAAUCCCCUACGCUGAGAAAGUCCCUGAGUUUGCCAAGGUGCGCCGCUGGCUGAGCUGUGAGGUUAAUGGCCAGAUCUUGGUUUGGUUCCACUGCGAUGGAGAGGAGCCAGGCUGGACGGUUCCUGAGCAGAAAGAGAUCAGCAGCGGAGAGUGGGUUUACCGCGGACGAACUGAGCACUUCAUUAAUGCUCACAUAGAGGAGAUACCAGAGAAUGCUGCAGAUAUUGCUCACUUGGCCCAUCUCCAUACACCAGGUAUCGUAAGUGGAGUGGAUCUGCGCUACACCAACAGUAAGACUUGGGAGUUUAUUCGCCAUGACUGGAAGGUGGAAUGGAACCCAGAGCCCGAACCCAAUAAGCAUUGCUCUCAGAUGCUGGUGAAACAUGCUCUCACUGUGUUUGGACGCCACUGGCCUCUUCUGGAUGUGAACGUGGUGGCAAGGCAGGUGGGUCCAGGUGUGGUGUUCCUGCUGUUCAAUCACAGCUUUCUGGGUCGUGGUGUGAUUUUGCACUGCGUGACCCCAGUCGAGCCGCUAGUGCAGUGUGUAUCACAUUCCAUCUUCUACCAAAGCAACAUUCCUCCACUGGUGCCAAAGUUCAUCCUGCGAGCAGAGUGUAUUCAGUUCGAGCGGGACGUGAUGAUCUGGAACAACAAGAAGUACAUCUCUAAUCCCAUGCUAGUAAAGGAGGACUCGGCCAUUCAGAAGCAUCGGCGCUGGUUCAGUCAGUUUUAUAGCGAGAACAGCCCCCGUCUACGCUUUCAACACGACACACUUGACUUCUGAGCGAACACGCUCAGCCUGGACUCAAGAUGCUAUGCAACUGUUCAUCAAACAACAAGGACUUUUUUGCAUUGGACAAUUAUGUAAAUAAUCUGGGAGGAAAGAACCCAUUAAAGGAUUAAAUUCUGCUGCUGUGACUUACACUGAGCUCCAACUCUACAAUAUUCAGAUGUGUUUCUAUACAGAGCAGAAAAUCUAUACCCGAGUGAAUAUGAUAAUGGUAGAAUUUUUUCCCUUUGUUUUAAGGACCCAGAGUCCUUGCUGAAGUGCCUCGGUAAAUUGUGAAUCAUCGGACGAAUGCUAACUCUUUAAGGUCUACUUACGCUUGACUUUAUUGCACUGCGAUCAGGGUUAUUUAACACGUCUCUGACUGAAGAGUUCUUUCAGCUAAUGUAAGCAAUAACAGUUGAAGCCUGGAAGCCACAAGACGUGAUCACGUCUACACUGUGAAUGAACAGGAUGUUCUCCUUAUAAAUGAAUAAAAUAUGGUGCAAUAAAUCAUUAAAA